AUGACUUGUAAAGUGCACGAGGGACCUGUCAGGUUUUUCAGAAGUUGCAGAGUCGAGGCGUGAAGAUUUAAAGUGGCCGUGCCAGAUUUGAGAGACAUUACCAUGGAGAAAAUCAUACUAAAACUCCCUUUGGUGUUGCUGGCACUGCAAAUACAAAGUGGAAAGUUGAUGUCCCCUGAUAAUCCUUUGGUUUUGAUUAUCGAUGCUCCAACACCAGAAAUUGUGGAGUUCAACAACACAAUCUAUGCAGUUUGUGAGGUGACCCCCAUCCCCAAUUUACCAACUGGCCAGCCAGAGAUCUUUGGGCAAGUUCUGUUUAAGCAGGUCUUCCCCAAUGGCACUUUACAAGUCAUUAUCAACCUCCGUGGUUUACCUACUGAUGAUCAUCAAGCCCGUGCCAUCGACAUCCAUCAGUUUGGAGACUUCAGUCAAGGUUGUGACAGUACUGGUCCUCAUUACAAUCCAAAAGGGGUGAACCAUCCUGGCCAUCCUGGAGACUUUGGCAACUUUGUUUCCAAGCAAGGAAUUAUACGGCAUUUUCUAGAGCUCCCAGAGGGCAAGCUGUUUGGGAGUCAAUCCAUUCUGGGACGUGCUGUGGUGGUUCAUGAGAAGGAGGAUGAUCUGGGAAUGGGGUCAGAUGAGGAGAGUAAACUCAGUGGGAAUGCUGGGAAGAGAAUUGCUGGGUGUGUCAUUGGAAUUAGUUCUCCAUGUUUGUGGCAGAUAGCUGUGGAGGAGGAUACGGAGAGUCAAAGAUGAGAGCAGAAAGGAUGUGGUGGAAAGGAGAGAUACUCUGAAGAAACUGGAGAAUGGAUGCCUUGUGUCCUAGAAUGGAACUUCAUGCUGUUCUUUAAGAACUCCAUAAACUAGGAAAGAAAUCGUUAUGAGGAUGUGUAUUUUGUCUGUUCCACAAAUAUAAAGUUAUAUUAAACUUACCUUGAAAUUCCUUUCAUUGUCUUAAAUAUGGAAAGAGGGAGCAUAGAUUUAUCAUUUUGUAAUCUGUUGUAGACUAUUGGUUUUCAAAUUGUAAAACAUCUUGGAAAUUUUUUUUUUCCCAAUAGCAGAGACAUUAUGAAUUUGUUAUCCUGUUUGAGGAAUGC